AUAUAUGCAAUUAGAGAGAGAGUACUUUAAACACACACACACAAAAAAAAAAAAAAAUCCUUGUGAUGAAGAUGGCUGGCCUUAGCCAUAUCACCGCGACUGCUACAGCCCUGCUUCCAUGUUUCUACAACGGGACCAUUCUUAGACGCAGCUCCCUUCGUCUCCGAAAUGGUGGCUCUCGAGAACCGAAGCUUCGGCUCCGAUGCGUCUCGCCUUCCGAAUUUGAUUUCUCGCCGCCUCCGAUCGAUCACGAUCUCCUCGAUACAAUUAGUGCUGGUGGAGGGAUAGUGUCAGAAGAUGGUGUUGUUGAGAGUUUUGAUAACGACGAUGAGGCUUUGGAUGCUUUUGAUAAUGGAAUCGUGGUCGUUGACCUCUCGCAUUUUGGCAGAAUACGAGUUAGUGGAGAUGACCGCCUUCAUUUCCUUCACAACCAAACUACUGCAAAUUUUGAAUGCCUUAUCGAAGGACAGGUGAUUGUUUUUAUCAUCGAAUGUAGAUUGUUGAACUCUAGUAACCACUUUUGUGGAUAUGUUUGCUCGUUUCUCAAGGGGUGUGACACUGUGUUCGUUACCCCAACUGCAAGAACGAUCGAUAUUGCACAUGCCUGGAUAAUGAAAAACGCAAUAAUGCUAAUGGUUUCUCCAACGACGUGCCAAAGCAUAAUUGAGAUGCUAAAUAAGUAUAUCUUUUUUGCUGAUAAAGUAGAGAUCAAGGAUAUCACCAAGCAGACUUGCUUAUUUGCUUUAGCAGGGCCCAAGUGUAACCAAAUUAUGUCUAAACUGAAUCUGGGAGAUCUUAUUGGGCAGCCAUAUGGCAAACAUCAGCAUUAUACUUUCGAUGGAAUGCCAAUUACAGUUGGGGUCGGGAGUCUUAUUUCAGAUGAAGGCUUUACCAUGUUAAUGUCACCUGCUGGUGCUGUUUCAGUCUGGAAGACUCUUCUAUCUGAAGGUGCCGUUCCAAUGGGUUCUGAGGCCUGGGAGAAACUUAGAGUCCUUCAAGGAAGGCCAGCACCUGAGAGAGAACUCAGCAAGGAAUUCAAUGUUCUGGAAGCGGGUCUGUGGAACUCAAUCUCUUUGAACAAAGGAUGUUAUAAGGGGCAGGAGAGUAUCGCAAGACUUAUAACAUAUGAUGGAAUCAAACAAAGGUUGUGUGGACUUGAACUCUCUGCACAAGCAGAACCCGGCAGCACCAUCACAUUCGACGGGAAAAAGGUGGGGAAGCUAACUAGCUACACUAGGGGAAGAAACGGAUCAAGCCAUUUCGGUUUAGGGUACAUCAAGAAACAAGCAGCCUCAGUUGGAACCACAGUGACUAUAGGGGAAGACAUUUCUGGGAUAGUUGCUGAAGUCCCUUAUCUAUCCCGGCAACAUCCUCCAACCAACCCAACUUCUUGAGUAGAAGGUAUUAAUAUUGUGUAAAUUGUGAUUGAGAUUUAAGAGUAAAUUUUAAGCUAAAAAUCUUAGGGGUUUUUAACUUGUUUUAGUUAUUUUCAGUUUUUGUUAUGUUUUUAACUUUAAAAAUGGUUAUAAAUUAUAAACUGCUAAGUUCCCAUUGAAAA